AUGAGCACCUUAUUACAGAACAGGAGUCCGUUCGAUAGUCCUUUCAACCAGAAUCCAAGAGUGCUCCCCUUGCACACGGGCUCGCCUAGAUCCGAACAUACCUCGACGGCAUCCCCUUCUGCGAGUAUGGGGCCACCUUCGAAUAAUAGUCCCGAAGUCGAGCAACGCUUAGAUGGAAUGAACGGAAGCAGUCCGAAACAUGCAAGAGAGCAAGGGCACAUAGGUGCCGCGGCCAUGAACGCUGCCCAAGGGCCUAAGGUGGUGCAAACGGCCUUUAUACACAAGCUAUACAGUAUGCUCGAGGAUAGAAGCAUCGAGCAUCUGAUAUCCUGGUCGAAUAAUGGAGACAGCUUCGUCAUGUCACCUUCGAACGAGUUUUCCAAGGUGCUCGCGCAGUAUUUCAAACACACCAAUAUAUCGUCGUUUGUGCGCCAGCUGAACAUGUACGGCUUCCAUAAAGUCAGCGAUGUCUUUCACACUGGAUCAUCUGAAUCGGCUCUCUGGGAGUUCCGGCACGGAAAUGGAAACUUCAAGAAAGGCGAUCUACUAGGGUUGAGAGAGAUCAAAAGGAGGGCCUCCCGUCACGCCCUCAUACAGCGAGACUCGUUCACGCAACCAUUAGUAAAACCAGUUUCGACACAACCAGGCACGCCAUCAGAAGCCAUGCCUGACCCCGACCAAAGGCUAGCAUAUUUGGAAAGUAUGCUACACGAUGUAUAUACUCGGUUAGCAAGAACCGAAGACAGCUGUGCAUUAAUGACAUCCAGGUGUCAAAAUCUGACAGAAAAUAUUGGAAAGUGUCAUCAAUGGAUUCGACAGCUGUCACAAACAGUGCAUACUGCUUUACCUCCAGAUUCUGCUCUACGAGUUGAUCUUUCAAAUGUUCAAAAAGAGGUAGAUCGACAACAGGAGAUGCUGAGAGAGGCAGAGCCUACAGCAAAUGGUAGAGGGACUUUUUACCCACCAACUAUGAUGCUUGAUCCUCCAGUUUCACCACGAGGCUAUGCCUUCAAUGAUAGUCGUCGUUCGUCGAUACAGAUGGAGCCGCCUCCACAUUUUGGCGGACGUCCACCCGUACCACCAAUACCACCUCACUUUACGUCCCCCACCGCUCGGCGCUUUGGCUCGAUAAGCGCAGCUCAUACUUCUCCUGGUUUCAGCAAGCCAGCAUUACCCACUCCAGUGCAACCACAUCCGCUCUCGAAUGUGAGCGAGCCUUCACCUAGCCUCUUGCGACGACAUACAUCAGCUGAUAUCCGGGAGCAUUGGCCUCCGAAUGCAAAUAUGAACGGGUCGCCUUUCACAUCCGGUGCAAACUCGGUCACGUGGCAGCCAUCCUCCCCUAAUCAAUUGCCAGAUACCAGUGGUGAUCAAGCACUGCAGAACCAGCUGGCGAGCUACCAAAUAAAUGGCUCUUCACGACGGACAACAAUAACCGCAGCGGAUCCUCCAGAGUCGAUCCCACCUGCACACCGUUCAGAUGAACUCCCACCACCAUCCGGACUAGGUGUUGGAAACGUCAGCUGGGGGGUGGGAGUUAGCAAAUUUCCCAGGUCCAACUUCGAUCUACAUUCCGCACCUGCUACAAGACGAAGUAGUAUGGUGCACUCGUUGUUGAAUCCCGCCGAUACGGCUGAGCAGGAUAACGAGGACGAAGGGGGACCACUCGAUGACCGGAAACGAAAAAGAAUUGUGUAG